GUUCAGGAUGCUGCACUUGGCGCGGGGAUCUUGGGCGACGCUCUUGGCUCGAAGCCGGUCUGCGUCGAGCGCCGUGCGCUUCUCGCCCGAGAUGCAUCACCUGCUUCGGCGCCAGAAGGUUCCGCUGCACGAGGCCUUUGGCAUCCUCCAGACGCGCACGUCGCCGUACGAUAUCAAGGGCUGCGACGCGUUUUUCUUCUCGUGUCUCCAAGAGGCGCCGCUGCCGCCCGCGUUUGUCGACCAAGUCGCCGCCUUCUUCAGCCAAGUGCUCGAGCACGACGCCGCCGGGCCACGUGAAGGCGCCUUUUCGUCCAUGGUGGCUCUUCUGACGCAGUCCGACCGCACCGACUUGGCGCUCGAGCUGCUCAAGAAGAAACACGCCAAGAACCCGGACGUACAGCCGCAUUAUCGAUCGUACGCACCCCUUCUGGAACACUACAUCCAAGCCAACGACCUUGAGAAAGCUUGGUCGUUUUGGGAGUACGUCAAGUCCAUUGGCACGACGCAGCCUCCGGAGAAGGUUGGCCCGACCAUGGUUCUGUUUGCGUCCAAAGCACUGGGCGUCCACCAGCGUAUCUUUCAGAACGUGCUGCAAGAGCUCAACGCGCUGCGGUAUCAACUCACACCCGACGACGUUGCGCUGUGGAUGGCGAUCACGCGCGACCGACCUGGCUACACCACGACGCAACUCGACCACGCCGAGAUGCUACCGACAUGCGCGCACUGCGACGCAACGCUGACCAAGCUGCCUGUGACGCCCGCCGAACUCGAGGCGUUGCUGCAGGCCGUCGAGACUAUGUGUGUCGAGAGCCAGUACAUCCCGUCGGACCCCAAGGCCACGCCACCGCCGCCCAUGACACGUGAAACCAAACUCAAAGCACUGCGUGCAUUUGAGAAAUGGCUAGCGACCCGGCACGCCAUGGUACCACCGGGGAAGCUACACUACAUCGUCGAUGCUCCCAAUGUCGCGUACCUCAACCAAAACUUUGAAGGCGGCGCAUUCCGGUUUGAUUACAUUGACCAGCUCGCCAAGCACGUUCAGGCCGAGGGCCACGUGGCGUCGGCGACGAUGCCUGCCUAUUAUUUCGAAGAGGUCUCGUACUUGAGCGUCAAGACCGCCAACCGCAACCCCUACAAAAAGUCGGGCACGCGGUACUUUCGCACGCGCACGCCCGAAGACAAGGCCUUUCUGGACGCAUGGGCAGCGGACGAUUUUGCAUUCCGCGCGCGGCGAGAGGUGGCGUCCGAUGACCUCUACUGGAUGUACGCGACGUUCUACCUCCUGAGCUUGGACGCCAAGGCUGGCGUCCAUGGCCACCGCGUCCGCGUCGUCACAAACGACGAGAUCAAAGACCACAUUUCAGCGCUCGAGGAGAAGCAUAACAUUCGGCGGGACCUCGUCGAGCGCUGGAAGGACACGACGUGUGUUGGCGUGAGUUUGAACUUUGAAAAAAAAGUGGCCCAAGUGACGCUGCACGACCCACUGCCGUUCUCACGCGUCGUGCAAGACCACGGCGAGACGUACCAUCUCCCGACCACAAACGGUCUCACGUGGCUCUGCGUCUCGCCGUCCACCCCCUAGACCUAAAGCACUCAAUGCGAC